UAAAGAUGUGGAAACCAGAUGUUUCAGACACAUUUCAGCCUCUGCUCUGGGAAUUUAUCCUGAGCAGCCCCUAACAGGCUAUUCCUUCUCUACAACUGAGAUAUGAUCAUCUUAAUUUACUUAUUUGUCUUGCUGUGGGAAGAGGCUCACGGAUGGGGAUUCAGAAAUGGAAUUUUUCAUAACUCCAUAUGGCUUGAACAAGCAGCAGGCGUGUACCACAGAGAAGCGCGGUCUGGCAAGUACAAGCUCACCUACGCAGAAGCGAAGGCGGUGUGUGAAUAUGAAGGUGGCCAUCUUGCCACCUACAAGCAGUUAGAGGCAGCCAGAAAAAUUGGAUUUCACAUCUGUGCUGCUGGGUGGAUGGCCAAGGGCAGAGUUGGAUACCCCAUUGUGAAGCCAGGGCCCAACUGUGGAUUUGGAAAAACUGGUAUUAUUGAUUAUGGAGUCCGUCUGAACAGAAGUGAAAGAUGGGAUGCUUAUUGCUACAACCCACAUGCAAAGGAGUGUGGUGGUGUCUUCACAGAUCCAAAGCAAAUUUUUAAAACUCCAGGCUUCCCAAAUGAGUAUGAUGAUAACCAAAUCUGCUACUGGCACAUUAGACUCAAGUAUGGUCAGCGUAUUCACCUGAGUUUUUUGGACUUUGACCUUGAAGAUGACCCAGCUUGCUUGGCUGACUAUGUUGAAAUAUAUGACAGUUAUGAUGAUGUCCAUGGCUUUGUGGGAAGAUACUGUGGAGAUGAGCUUCCAGAAGACAUCAUUAGUACAGCUCCCAGGGAGAAAAUCUGACCCUGCCCACCUGUGAACAGCUGCUAGAAAGAAGAAAUUAACACAUCCCCUCACCUAGGCUGGUCAUUCCAGGAGAUGUUUUGUAAGAAUGAUGACCCUUUUUACCUUACUUUCCCACCACCUCUCCCUCUCUGAUUCUAUAAAAGAAACUGGCAUCCAGACCCCGACAGGAUGGUUUAUAGGAGACACUAGUCUGCCAUCUUGUCAGUCUGCCGGCUUUCCGAAUAAAGUCGUCUUCCUUGCCUCAACACCUCGUCUCCGUCUCAUUGGCCUGUUGGGUGGCGAGCAGGGAGAGGUUGGACUCGGUAACACUUACAGAAGAGUUACAGGCUACUAUAAUGAAUGCUCACCUAGAUGUACUCACAAAAUAUUGUUAAUAUUUUCACCACAUUUGCUUUACCUCUCUGUCUCUGAUAUAAACAAAUAUACUGAACCAUCUGAAGUUAAAUUGCAGACAUCACAUGUUUUGGUUUUUUUUUUUUGACAUCACAUGUUUUACUCUAAAAUCAAUCCUUUAAAACAGCGUGAUAUUUGUCCAAUGAUGAUACAACCAACACUCGAUAUAAUAGUGUUGAAUUUCUUGCUUACUAUAGAAAGAUUUAUUUAUAGGAUGUUUGGGAUUGGCAGGCUUUCAGAAGCGUACGUGGAUAAACGUCAGCAAUUGAAGUGUGGUGACUUAGCGAGGCUGUUGUUGACUGGCGCUCUAAGUCAUGUUUACUGGACUGAGCUCAUACCUGGCUGGCUGACUGUCAGAAGUGAGGACCUGACAUUGAUUAGUUUGGUGUUCACUGAGGUAAGUAGCUCAUCAACCGAACAGGUUUAAGACCAGUUCUGAUGGUUACUUAGUAUCAUGGCUUCUGAGUAAGCAGUGUUUUCCUGCAUUUGUGGGGACUCCUUUAUUCUCAGUCUUCUCUUUUCGUCCUCAUUCAGCCAAAGCUGAAAGAAGGACCAAAAGUCCAGAUUUUCACCAUUGUUGUUCAUGGUUCUUGAAUAUCGAGGUUCCCUUUAUGGAGAUAUGAUUUUCAAUUUGCACAUUUAUCAUUGUGAUUUUAUCUUGUUUUUGUCUUUGAAUCAUUUGUUGAAUCACUGUUAGCCCAGUGGCUGUGUGGAAUCAUUUUAAAGUUUGGACAACAGACACUGAACAACAGUGAGACAAACAAGUAAAACUAUAAGUACCUGUAAUAUUGGUAAUAAAAGGGAAAGGAAGACACUCCAUAACCGUGAACCAAGAUUCUACAAGCCUGAGGAAUAAAACAAGGCCUAACAACUCCCUGAGUCUACCUUAGUCAGUUUGUUUUUUCUUUUAACUUGGCUAUAGAUUGUUUUAUCUCACCCAAAGUGUUAUUCCCUGUAUGAGAAGUCUUAGUAAUGGCACAGACUCCCUCCUGGCUGACCAAAAAAAAUUAAGGUUAUGCUAUUCUAUUGCCUGUCGGGUUCAGCCAGUGUGAAGGGACAAAUUUUUAAUUACCAUCUCAAGUUGUGCUUGUGGGUGGGGGGAAAAUAUUUGGGGGAAUCUUUUGCUAAAAAGGGUUUUAUCUUUCAGAUUCUUUUUUAAGAAAAGUAGUUCAGGCUUCCCUGGUGCCUCAGUGGUUGGAGUCCGCCUGCCGAUUCAGGGGACAUGGGUUUGUGCCCUGGUCCGGGAAGAUCCCACAUGCUGUGGAGCGGCUGGGCCCGUGAGCCAUGGCCGCUGAGCCUACGCGUCCAGAGCCUGUGCUCCGCAAUGGGAGAGGCCACAACAGUGAGAGGCCCGCGUACCGAGAAAAAAAAAACAGAAAUGUAGUUCAUUGAGAGUGUUGGGGAGUUAAACUCAUGGAAUGAUCUCACAGAAAGCCCUACAGAACACUUGUACAGCCUUGGUUCUGGGUCAGCACUGAAGAGACUGAUUGUCACAUAGGAAAAAGAAUCCAGGAGGUGCCCAAAAGGCACAAUCAAUCUUGAAGUUAUAGAAAUACUGUCUUUGGGUGUAGUGAUGAGAAACAAUUACUGCUACAGCCCAAGAAUAGUUAUACCCCUCUCUUGCAGCAAAAGAAUAUUUUCCUUCAUUUAUAUAUUAUAGAUAAUAUAGUAAUAUAAUUUUAUAUAAUAUACUAUCUUAAAUACUGUUAACUGAUAUAUAGUUAUUACUUUAAUAUAAUUAUUGAUAUAUAAAAUAUAUUUUAUAAUACAUAAUAUAAAUUAUUAUAGUUUUAUUAUGUAACAUACCUUCAAUUAAUUUUCUAACUGGCUGUAUUAGCCAAACUUAGGAGAGCUCAAUUACAGAAUUAGAAAAGUGAUCGUUUUUAUUUUUAAUUUUUUUCUUUUCCAGUAUUUAAAAAAAUAUUUAUUUAUUUAUUUAAUUUUAUUCUUUUCCAGCUUUAUUGAGGAGAUGUGGUGACUGUUUUUGGUAAAGCUUACAUAUAAGCACAUCAUUAUUAUUGGUUAGGGUAACAUAAUAGACUGAGUCAAAAGUACGCAACUUUAAAUCACUAAAGAAUAAAAAGCAUAAUUAUACAAAAGUACUUUUCUUAAGUAUGUUAUAUAGAAGAAUAUUGUUCCAGCAGUUUUGGGAAUUAUUAUUAUUAUUAUUUUUUAAGCCAUGCGGCUCACAGGAUCUCAGUUCCCCAACCAGGGACUGAACCUGGGCCACGGCGGUGAAAGCCCGAAAUCCUAACUGCUAGGCCACCAGGGAACUCCCCCAAUGGUCUUGUGAAAACACAUUUCACAGUGUGUAGUUACCAGCUUAUUCUUAAUAUCUUGAAUCAGCAGUCCACUUUCAGGAACCAUCAAUUUCUGGAGGGUCUCUGGAGAAUGUCAGUUUAGGAUCUCCAAUAGAUGUAACUUUUCAGUUGUGUCAAGGUCCUUUAUAUUUUUCUAGAGGAUUGUCAGUGAUACAGACAAUAAGGUUUUAGAGUAAGCAAAAUCCUGUGUUACUAAAAAUCAUGAAUAACUUCUAAUUAAAUGUAUCCCCAUACUGCUGGAUAAACAAGACAAAAUGUUCUACACAGGAAAUAUAAGAUCUAAUGGUAAAUAUUUUAACCAUGGUGAAUGCUGUGGCUUUUCAACAAGCAAAUGUUUUAACCUACCCAGGUAACAAAUGUACUGUUAAUAGUAUACAUUCAUAAAUGAUAGAGGGAAGCAAUUGCUACAAUUCAUUCAGUGAUCUCAAAGGAUCUUUUAGGGCAUGAUCUUAGUCUUUGCCUUAUUUUUACAAUUUUUCCAGGUUAAUUGGUUUUCAGAUAGGGCAUGAACUGGCUAAAUCCUCUGUUCCUGGGAGUGUUCUCAUAAUGGUGUUGUGGUCAAUUUAUCCUGACUGUGGAUGGGUUGUUUGAUGGAAGAUUUCCACAAGUGUUCAUUUGGGGUGUUACUGGGUGCUUAUCAGGUGGCCAUUGUGGAUUUGCCAGAUUUUAUCCUCAUAGAUCUUAUAACUUAAUCAUUCCCAGUGUUUAUCUUCAGAAUUCGGGUACCCAGAUUUUGCCCAUCUAUGAUGAAAUCUUUGAACUUCUACAUCAAUUUAUUGUUACUAUUUUUGUUUUUGAUGUUUUAAUGAUGUCCCUGUAUAAUGAUUUUAAUCAGAGAAAUCUGUUUAGCAUGACAAUCUGUUAAUGUAUUUCUGUAUAUGCAAAGUAUUUCCAUAAUGAUUAUAGUAUAGUAUACUAGCUUCUGUAAUAUCUCUUCUACUAUGAGUGUCUGGCUUUAUGACAACAAUUGUUUUAAUGUGAUGACACCAGGUAAUUGAUGUGUUUGUUAUUCAAUUUUACAGGAUACCUUAGAAAUCUUUGCAUUUGUAUAUCUUUUUAAAGAAGUGAAUUAUUCUAAAAGCUACUAAUCUUAGUGUAAUAUAUAUAUAUAUAUAUAUAUAUAUACACAUUUAUACUAACAAUUUAAUACACCCUAGAAAGAACCAUGGUUCAGAUAUGUGAACAAUUUGGCUUUUGGUAAGAAAUUUUAUAAGAGAAACAGGACAGUUUUUUGUGUAUUAGCCUGAUAUUUUUUCAUAUUUUUAACAUAAAACCCUUCAACAAACAAUAUUGAGUAAGGAUUUGAUACUAUAGUGUCAAAAAUUCUGUUCUGAUCAUGGUUGUCUUCUUGAAUUACAGGAACACAAGUACGGGAUUCUCCUUCACAGGGUUAUGGAGUUGCUGGAUUAAGAGUGCUACUACACCAGUAUUUGGUUACAUGAGAAGGAGAAAAUGAUGAUAAUUCAUAAUUAGUUAAUCAAUAAAUAAAAAACGAGUGGUUUCUGCUAGCAAUAGUGAUUGAGUACGUGUGCCACCAUUAGACUGAAAGGCCUAGUAGAAGAUCUGAGGCUAUUUUGACUUAUUAGUUGAGGCCUGUAAUUACUCAGCAGCACAGAGAUUUAUUUAUUUUGCUUCUUUAAGAGAUAGGAUUUAUAGGCAAUGGUGUUUUAGUGAGUUAAAAUCCAUAGAGCAUGGCCUAACAUUUUCAUGUUUGUACAAAAUAAAUAAAUAACUAAAUAAAUAAUGCAAUUAAGGAAAAAAAA